GUUCAACCGAAAGAUUCUGCGACCGGAACUACCGGCCUCUGCGCCUGCGGAUUCAAUAACUAGGGCUGCUCCAUUCGCUAAAUUCCUCAACCACCUUGGUUAAUUAGCAUCUUCACUAUCUGAAUUUAUUACCCAUGCAUGAUUCAUCAUAUCUGACAAGUCGUCCAUUAUUUUCCUUUGCUCUAGUUUUCACUUCAAUCAAAAGAUAUUUCCAGCCUUUAUUCCUUCUUUGGUAUUGUUACUUGAAUUCCCUCGAAAUCUAUCGUUUUUCUUUUCUUUCAUAGCACAAAUCCAGCAAAUGAGUAUUAUCCUCGUAUUAUGCUCCAUCUCUUUCACUCUCGCACGGUUUUACCCUCGUAUAUUGCUUUAACUGGUUCGCUUGAUCAUCAAAAUUUUCCGUUCUUUUUGCUUGAUGGGAGAAGCAUUUCUUUUUUUUCAGGGGUGUUGCUUUUGCUGGAGUUGAGAACCUUAAAUCUGUUUUCGUGAAUAGAAGCCUCCUCAGUGAGGGAUGAGCCAGUUUGCUGAGCAUCAUGUUAAGGGUUCUGAAGUGUUUGUUGGCGGUUUGCCUCACACAGUGACUGAAAGUACUAUCCAUGAGAUAUUCUCUCAUUGUGGGGAAAUUGUUGAAAUACGUCUUAUAAAGGAUCAAAAAGGCAGCAUAAAGGACUUUUGCUUUGUGCGUUUUGCAACAAAAGAGGCUGCUGAGAAGGCCGUGAGAGAAAAAUCUGGAUUUGUGCUAGAUGGAAAGAAAAUCGGUGUUCUCCCGUCUAAAGAGCAGGAUACUUUGUUUUUCGGAAACCUCAAUAAAGGUUGGAGUACUUAUGAAUUUGAGGGAAUUAUACGUCAGGUUUUUCCUGAUGUUAUUUCUGUUGAUCUUGCCUCACCGGUGGGAGAAACAAAAUCUAUAAAGCAACGAAAUCGUGGUUUUGCUUUUGUGAAGUUCUCCUCUCAUGCUGCCGCUGCGAGGGCAUUUCGGGUUGGUUCGAAAGCAGAUUUUAUGCUUGGUGGUAAUCUGCAUCCAGCUGUUCAAUGGGUUGAGGAUCAACCUGAAAUUGAUCCAGCUGCCCUAGCCAAGAUCAAAAUUGCAUUUAUCAGGAACCUUCCAUUUAGUGCUGAUGAAAACUAUUUGAAGAAAUUAUUUGAGCCUUUCGGAGAGAUAGAAAAAGUAGUGCUGUGGAGAAAGGGUAGCUCCCCUGUUGGGUUUGUCCACUUUACCAAACGAGCAGAUCUUGAAAAUGCUAUAAGGGGAAUGAAUGGGAAGACAGUACAAUGGCCUAGAGGAGGUCCAACGUCUAUGCUUUCGAUAGAAGUAGCAAGGCCAAUUGACAGAAGCAAGAAGCGCUUACGUGACGACUCACACGAGAAAAAAGCAAAUAAGGUUCCAAGUCACACCCCAAGUGCCAAUUUGGGAAUUCCUUUGUCCAGUGAUUGUACAUCUGGUUCGCAAAAGGUGGCUCAAAAGGAAGUUGAGUAUGAGGAUCCUUAUGAAGUGGCUGUACUGUUAUUACCUUUAAGCGUCAGAGAACGGCUACUUAGGAUAUUGCGACUUGGUAUUGCUACUCGAUUUGAUAUUGACAUUCAAAACUUGACCAGUCUCAAAAAACUACCUGAAUCCGCUGCUAUAUCUGUCCUUGACCAGUUUAUGUUAUCAGGAGCAGACAAAGAAAACAGAGGAGUUUAUCUUGCCGCAUUAAUUUCUAGGCAUCAGGUUGACCAGCUGCUUCUGGGUCGAUCUCCAGGUGGUUUGUCAAGGGUAGGAGAUCUUAUUAAGAGUGAUGUGGCUAUUUCCAGCUUCUCCAGUAGAGUUCAUUUGCCAGUUGAUGAUUCUUUUAUCCCUCAUGUGGGCUCGACACGGUCUAGCUUCAUUAGUCAAGUCCAUUUCCCAGUUGUGGAUUCUCUUGCCUCACCUGCAUACUUGUCAGUGCCCAGGUGGUCUACCAUGCCUUUUAAAGGUGUUGGUGCUAUCAGUUCAUGGGUUGUUCUUUGCAGGUCAGGCAACUAUGUGCCCCGCUAUUCUGCAUUAGUUUCCGACUAUCCCAUAAUGACUCGAGAAUCGGUUGAACUAACAAAAGAGGCGAGCUCUUCACCUUUGCAGCCUUGCGGAAGAUUGACGUUGGAUCCCCAAAUAACAGAAAUGGCUGAUCGUCCACCUCGUCGGCCCCAAAUCAGAUUCGACCCUUUGACUGGCGAACCAUACAAAUUUGACCCUUUCACAGGUGAACGAAUCCUUCCAGAUAAUCCACAGCACCGUUUUUAAAGGUAUCAUGAUCCUCAAUGUCGAGAUGCUGGUUGCUUUUAAGCAGCCAUGGCGGAUCUCACCUUUUGACAGCGUCUAUAAAUGGUACGUCUGUUUGGGCCAUUUUCUUCCAGAUUAAUAUUUAUUGAUUUUUAUGUAUGUUGCUUAAUUAAUAAAUGCCUGAGUAAGUAGUUUAGAGAUUCCAGUUUUUAUUAAUUUCAGUUGAAUUAUGGAAGUCCGUCAGAAUUUUGAUAUUUGAACUCGUGCAUGUUCCUCAAGCGUACAAUUCUGUAUUAAUGGAUAUACCAAAUAACGGUAGCUUAUGUUA